AUGAAAGUCUUCCUCUGUUUGCUGGCGCUGGGCGCAGUUGCCAAUGCGGGUUACAUUGGCGGUGGCGGCGGCGGCGGCGGCGGUGGACACGGACAUGGACAUGGCGACUCCGGACCUGCACCCGAGGUCAAAGUUAUCAAAGUGAUUCAUGAAUCGGCACCUUCCCAGGGCGGCUGGCAAGCAGGCGGUGGUGGUGGCGGCGGCGGUUGGCAAUCAGGUGGCGCUGGAGGCGGCGGUUGGUCAGCGGGAGGCGGCGGCGGUGGUGGCUAUGGUGGCGCCUCUGGCGGCGGCUAUGGCGGUUCUCAAGGGCAAGAGGUCAAGAUAAUCAAAAUUAUCUCGCAGCAAUCUUCCGAUGGUGGCUAUGGAGCUGGCGCUGGUGGUGGCUGGUCAGCAGGUGGUGGCGGCGGCGGCGGCUCUGGCUGGUCCGCUGGCGGUUCAGGCUCUUCGGGCUGGUCAUCUGGUGGUAGCGAUGCCACCGCAGCUGUCAAAAUCAUCAAAAUCAUCUCGGAAAGCAGCUCAGAUGCUGGCUCUGGUGAUGCCUCGGGCUGGUCCGCUGGUGGUGCAGGCGGCGGCGGCUAUUCCGCUGGUGGUGCAGGCGGUGGCGGUUGGUCUGCUGGCGGUGCAGGUGGCGGCGGCUGGUCAGCGGGCGUUUCUUCAGGUGGCGGAUGGUCAUCGGGGGCUCCUGCCAGCGAUGGCUGGUCCUCUCAAGGUGGCAACGGCGGCGGCUGGUCCUCGCAGGGCGGCGGCAGCUGGUAA